AUGGUUUGGUUUUCGGCUAUUGUGUGGUUCUUAAUAAUAGGAAAAUCGGUUGGCUUCUGUCCGUCCUUGUGUUCAUGUAAAGGAACGAAACAAGUUGACGGUUUGGAGCCAACAAAACCAGAGGAACCCCUGAAAUUACGAUGUGGUGGAAACCCUGCACAAAUUACAGAACUAAAAGAAAUUGACCUCAGCAAGAUGUUAACAACUGUUGUAAACUUGGAUCUGUCUGGAAAUGCAAUAUCAACAUUGUCGAGAGAAUUAAAUUUGCCGAAAUUACAAAAACUAGAUUUAAGUAAAAAUCUAAUAAACCUUAUAGAAUCAGAUGCUUUUUAUAAUAUGACAUCAGUUCAAAGAUUGGAUUUGUCUCACAAUCAAAUUAAUCAUAUAUAUAAAGAGAUGUUCAAAGGGCUCCUUAACUUGGAAAGGUUGAAUCUCUCUCACAAUCAUAUAUCUGUCCUUAAUGCUGGAACUUUUGAUCACCUUAUUGGGCUCAAGCAAAUUGAUGUCACUGAAAACCCACUAAUCUGUGAUUGUGAUUUACUGUGGCUCGGUGAUUGGUCAAGGAACACGAGUGUUAAAUUGGUUGGUGGUCCUAAAUGUGCAUUUCCCGAAAAUAUGGCAGACAAACCUGUUAGGAAACUGAAAAUAUUUCUAGACUUAUCUGCUUGUGGAAGUGUUCUGCCAGCGAGUAGCUUAAUUGUCAAGCCCUCCCAUGACCAGGUUGUCUUUGAAGGAGACACGUUAAGGUUAACAUGUGAUGCUCCAUUUGCGUCAGUGGUUGCUAAGUAUGAAUUAAACUGGGUGCAUUCCAUGCAAGAGUGCUGUGCUGAUGUGAAUAUAACCAACACCGACAUGCAAGAAGAAGGACUAGCAGAGACUACAGUAUUCUUUCCUUGUAUAUCCAGCCAUCACGCUGGCAAUUGGACGUGCACAUACUGUGAUCAAAAUCAUAUUAAACACAAUUAUACAAUACAAGUCAUAGUUUUGUCCAACUUGACUCAGUAUUGCCUUACAGACAGCACAAAUGGCAACAAAGGUUUGUAUUCGUGGCCACAACUAUUGUUGAACCGCACGGCGUCCGUACCUUGUCAAAACGGUGAAGGGUUGGCCUAUAGGUUCUGUUACCCUAACGCUACGUGGGCCCAAGCUAAUACCACAGAAUGCUCAUACGUGAGCAAUAUCACAAAGCUGUUACAGCAAUUCGCGUUAUUAAAUGUUAGUCUGGUGCAAUAUUCAGCUAUUAAUGCCACAGAAAGGUUAGCCAUGUUAAUCGAAGACAAGACCUAUCCUCUAGCUGAGAUUUCCGAUGCUGAUGAUGUUAUGUUUAUUGCUGCCGCUGUGAGAAACUACAUGCAGUAUGUGUCAGAAGAUAAAGAUUUAGGAACAUCUUUACUAGAAGUAAUAGAAGCAUCGAUGAACAUUUCUUCAAUGGUUAUGUCUCAAGCAGAGGUGGCUUACCAUGCUUGUACUGACCUCGUGCGAGCCGCUGAACAGAUCUCAUCCCAUACUAAUAAUGUGCAAGGGCAUAAGAAAAAGCUCGCCGUAGAACGAUUCCCAGCGCGCGAGGGCUUCAGCGGUGUAACCUGCGUCUGGUACAGUUCUCCUUUGGACCGAGAGGCCUCUAGGAGAUUGCACUGUUCCACGACAAACCGUACAGUCGCUCCAAUAUUAACAGUGACUGAUGCCAUUAUUCACGCCAGCGUCCAGAUUCCACAAUCACUACUCUACAGCACAUCGGACUCCGGUCAAUUAUUACAAAGCAAGCAUCAAGAACUCGUAGUUUCUUUUUACGAGGAUGCAUCGCUGUUCCCUUUGCUGCCGGUCGUCGACGAGGGAAAUAUACGAGGCCACAGAUCUAAGGACUACUACGGCCGAAGUACGAAAAGAGAGGAUAUGAAUAUGGAAAUCACGUCGCCCGUCGUCGGCUUCCAACUCGAUAAGGUGUCGGUUCGCGGCGAGCUUCUAGAGCCGAUAAUCGUGACAGUGCGACUCGCCUGCGGCGGAGGAGUCGAGGCGCGCGCGGCCGUGUGGGAGCCCGCGACUCAUCGCUGGACGGACAACACGAGCGAUUGCCGAAUAUCGCACGUGGUGUCGGAGAUGAUCAUCGUCAGUUGCACGCGUCUAGCCUACGUGGGCUUGCUGCAGAACGUCGAAAGCGGCAUAUACGGGGCGCGCACGGACGGCGCCCGGUUCAAAGUGUCCCACCCGGCCGUGUACGUGGGCAGCCUCAUUCUGAUGGGGUGCCUCGGCUGCGCCACCCUCACCUACAUAAUGUGCUAUUCCAACAUACAGAUGCCUAAGAAGUCAAAGCACGCUCUCAUCAACACUUGGAUAGCCGUCGGCCUGUUGUGUUUCAUGUACACUUUGGGCAUUUACCAGACCGAAGACGUGAAGUUGUGUCAGAUCCUGGGACUGCUGAUUCAUUACUUGUCUCUGUGUUGCCUUUUAUGGAUGUGCGUGUCGGCGAGUAAUAUGUAUAAGUGGGUGACGAAAACUCACGGACCGGCCGGAAGCCCCGAAGACGAACUGCCUCCGGAUGUGCCGAUACGGAAGCCGAUUUUGGGACUGUACCUCGUGGGAUGGGGCAUAGCUCUCAUCGUGUGUGGCAUUUCCGGUGCGGUCAAUCUGAAGGACUACGCCGGAUAUUCCCAGUGCUUCUUGAGCACCGCUCCGGCCCUGAGCGCUCUCUUUAUCCCGGGGGCGAUCUUACUGAUGUUCUUGUCAAUUUUAUUUCUUCUCAUUCGAUGUACCAUUAGAAACAUGAACGUCCAGCUCUCUGAAGGAACGCAAGCGACAGAAAACGUGGACUUAGAGAUGUGGGAGCCCAAUGGGGCCGACGACGCGGAAAGACGGAGCGUCAAGUCCGCCGUCGAGUCGGAAGUGGAGGACGUCGAACACACGCCCAUUAUACAGUUGCGCGCGCAAGUUAUCGUACUGUGCUUAUACGUGUCCGUGUGGACGUGCGGCGGCGUGGCGGUGUACAGACCCUUGCCGGCCUAUCUGCCUUACCAAGAAGACAUCUGUAGUAUUGUUUAUGCGGUUUGCGCGACGAUCCUGGGCACUUUCAUCUUGUUCUUUUACGGUAUAGCGCGAAAUGACGUCAGAACGCAGUGGUCGUUGAUGCAUUGCUACCUUCAGUCGAGCAAACAGUGCUGCAGGAAUCGAAGCGUCUUCGACGCAAACCAUAGGGGUUUGGCUGCGGAUCGGUCGAACGCCCCGGUUUCGCAGAUUCCGGUCGAUAACAGAUCUAGAUCCGGCUCCAGAAGUUCUAACCGAACUAAUUCUAAGACUAACAACAGCGCCACUUACAAAGCCGGAGCGGAAUUAAACGGUCAAACCUUGCAGAAAGACCGGAAAACGGAACCGAAGAACGGAAAGACUUCAAAUAUUAACCUCGUCGUGCUGCACCGGCAACAGUACAGGUCGAAUAAUUCAAUGAUGACGUAUACGGACAGUGGCCACUUUGCGCCUGAAAUGUUUUACAACCCGAAUCAAAUCAAUGUCGCCAAGAAGUUUUUCAAGAAACAAAGACAGCACAUGAAAAGAAAUCGCUUGGAACUGCCUUUACGAAGAGAUUGCGACGAGGACUCGCACGUUUCCCUCCCACUGCCGACCUUAGAAGUCUACAAUGGCAUCACGAGUAUGAUGAAACCUGGAGCGAAGGUGAACAAUACUAAUUUCCACGUAGAUAAAGACAGCAAUGUCGCCAAAGAAUCGCGAAACGCUCUAAAUCCCAAUCUUCUGGAGGAUGAAUCGAAGGACUUUAAAAAUUACUCGUCUGUCAAAAAAUCUUGGAACAAAAACGACGCAAAAGAUCAAAUAAUCAAUAUUUAUACAAACGUGCCCGAGACACAAAUACCGCAGCACCAAGUCGUCAAAUCGAACGCUCAGAAAUGUUUGAACGGGCAAAGGAACAGUGUCUCGGAGGAGUGCUUGAAGAGCCAGGCUAGCGAGCAUCCGGAGACGAGGACGAUUUCGCAGCAAUGCAGCUUGGAAUACAGCUCGGCAUCUGAAAUGGCCCUGCCUCACACGUGCUCCGACCAGACGAUCGACACGCACUCCGAGCUGACCUCCCUGCAGGAAACCCAAAGCGCCCUGUGCUCCACCAACGAAAUAACCGACACGGAGAGUUUCGGCCAAUACAUCGACUACUUGCAGCCGACCAGGACGAGAGAAGAGAAUAAGGAGGCGCUCGAUAAGUCCCUCCAGGACAUAUCGGAGGAGUGCACAUUGAACAGCGACGAGGCGAACCGUUCGGGCGGCGACGCCCCGCCCGGUCGCGACGCGUCCCUCGAUCGCGACGAGGAUCUCGACGGAUCGAGGGAAAAACUGGAGGCCGGCGGCAAGGAAGGGUUCUUCGCGGCAAAGACGAACUACGACUUCGAGACGUGCAGCACGAACGCGAGCGAGCAAGGCUUCGAGAACGAAAGCGACAUUUACUGUCCUAACUACCAAAUGUCGGAAGUGAGCAUACGCAGCCACGGAUUGUACGCGCCGUCUCCGUCUUCCAUGGGCCCGAACGAGAUCAGUUUCAGCAACGAAGACGUGUCGACAGUCGAGAGCCAGUACGUUAAUUACGAUCCUGGGUGGCGCAAAACGAUAAAGAACAACUCUAAGCUGGGCGCAUACGUUCCGACGCCCGCCUUGAGUUGUCCCGAAGUGAAUCGCGAAAGCCCGCUGUCCUUCUCCAGUGAUCUAGACGAACUCUACACGCAAAUAACGAGCAGGGAAAAGGAGAGGAUACCUGAGAGUGACCCGCUCGACGUGACCGUUAACAGCGACGCGACUCUGCGGCCGGACAGCGACGCCACCGUCUGA